ACUGAUAGACGGCACUGACUGGCAUCACUGCUGGGCACUGACUGGCGGCACUGACUGGCACAACCGCUGGAUACUGACUGAUGGCACUGACUGGCAGCACUGCUGGGUUGCACUGGUGGGUGGCACUGGUGGGUGACACUGCAGAGUGGCACAGGUGGGUGCACUGCUGGGCACAGGUGGGCGGAACUUGCGGGUGCCACUGCUGGGCACCGAUCAUCAGGGCACUGAUCAUCAGUGCCGUGAUGAUCGGUGCCGAUCCCCGCUCUGACAACUGCCGGUUCUCGGCAGUACUUUCCUCACGAUCUGACAGCGUGAGGAAAGUGCAGCCGAGAACCGGCACUUGU